UCAUAAUAAUUGAAUGUCGAAGCGAAUAAGAGAGAGUGUUGAAAAAGGGAGUAAACACCCAAUUUAUAGAGGAGUUCGUAUGCGAAGUUGGGGAAAAUGGGUGUCUGAAAUCCGGGAACCGCGUAAAAAGUCACGCAUUUGGCUCGGGACUUAUCCAACUGCAGAAAUGGCCGCCAGAGCACACGACGUCGCUGCAUUGAGUAUAAAAAAGGACUCAUCGAUUUUAAAUUUCCCUCAUCUAAUUGACUCAUUGCCUCGCCCAAUUUCACUCUCACCGAGAGAUGUUCAAGCUGCUGCAGCUGAAGCAGCAGCAAUGGAGGAUCCAAAUUUAGUAUCUUCUUCCUCCUCUGUUAGUUCAAUUGACAAAAUCACGUCGGCAUCGGAGGAGCUGUGUGAAAUUAUUGAGCUUCCAAGCUUGGACGGAAGUUUUGAGUCGGACGAAUCGAAGAACGAGUUGAAGAUGAGUGAUUCAGUUGACGGGUGGCUGUACCCACCGUGGUGGGCAUCAGAUGGCGACUUUGAUGGGUAUCUUUUUGAGCAAGAUGCUUUUGGAGACAGUUUAAUUCUUAGCAACUUUGAAAUGAUGAAAUAAGAAAAAUUGGUGUGAGUUUUUUAAUUUUAAUUUUAAUAUUAAUAUUUUUUUAGACAUUUGAAUUUUCAUGAACUAGUCAUGUGUGUUUAUGUAUAUAUAUAAAUGAAAAUAAAAAUAUUUAUAAGUUAGUA